AUGGAGUCUUUUGAAGAACCCAGUCAGAUUAGAAGGGAUAACUUAUUAGAAGUUCCUGCUUUAAAUGACUCCCUUUCAGAAGAUGAAGAUAUUAAAGGAACCCUUAAGCCUCGUUUCUCCCCCCUUCCCCGAAGGCGGAAUUCUGCUUCUUCAGAAGACAUGGAACCAGAACCCCCAUCUACCAUUGCAAGAAAAGUUUCGUUUGCUGAUGCAUUCGGCUUUGAUCUUGUGUCUGUUAAAGAGUUUAAUACCUGGGAUGUUCCAAUCACAUCACAAAACGAUGACUUAGAAGUUAAAGUUUUAACUGCGGAGGAAUAUUUUCUCUCUCCUCUGUUUAUAUUACCUGCCUCACAAGAAGACCUUUUGCAAAAAGUGCGUGUACAGAAAGUACUGCUAGAGUCAAUUGAAUUCCUACCUGGGUUAACAUGUAUGAAGGGCAUUAUUCGAGUUCUAAAUGUAUCUUUUGAAAAGUUGAUAUAUGUGAGAAUGUCACUGGAUGACUGGCUAACUUAUUAUGACAUCUUAGCAGAAUAUGUGCCUAAUUCUUAUGAUGGUGAAACUGACCAGUUCUUCUUUAAGAUUUCAUUGGUUCCUCCUUAUCAGAGAAAUGGAGCUAAAGUUGAGUUCUGCAUACGUUAUGAGACAUCUGUUGGUACAUUCUGGGCAAACAACGAUGACAAAAAUUACAUACUACUCUGUCAUAAGAAAGAAACUGUGCAGGAGGUGGAUAAUGCAUCUCACGAAGAGGCUACUGACAAAUACAUCAAAGGUUGCUUAAAGACAUCGCCAAGCAGCAAAGAAGAAAUAUUGGCACUAUCUGAUGAAGACAUAUGGAAUAAUUCAAGGACUUCAGAGGCAAACAUCCCCCAAAUUGUUUAUUCACAUGAGAAGGACAAAGACAUUGAACCGCGUCGUGAAAAUGAAAAAGAUAUAAAUGUUGAAUGCAAUGAAGAUAAUAAGGAAGAUAAUGAAAAAGAAUUAGAGUUGCUGCUAAGUCAGCAGUUCACAAGAAUUAGAAGUACUUCCAGAGAUGAAAGGAAUUUAUACACAACAGAGCCAGUUAAUUUUCCAAAUGAAGCCCAAGGACUGGAGAAUAAGCUAACACUUAUGGAAACAGGCACUGACUUGCUCAGGCAGCCUGUGCCUAUCAGUUCCCCUUCAGAAAAUACUUUACAAGAGCUAGGAGAAGAAUUACAUGAUAACAAAAAGUAUUCCAUACGAUAUGAUUAUAGUCAGCCAUUAGCAGAGGAACUUACUGCAGGCACUGUAAACAAUAGUGAGCAGCCUUUGGAAUGCAUUGGUACCAGUGAAAUGCUUUUAUCACAGGAAUAUUUGCCUGGAACAAUGCAAAAUGUGACUAUCCGUAUUAAAGAUACUGUCUUAAGCAGACAAGGAAUGAGCCAUGUAGAUAUUUCAAAAGGUGAAACAGAUAGUGCCUCAGGAAGCGAAAUGAUGGAGCGGUUAUUCAUCAGUGACGAUGAUGCUGAUAUCUACAAAGAGGCCUGUGAAAUGAAACCAGAAACAAUUUCUUCAGAGCAUGAUGAAUCAAUGCAAUUAAAUACAUGCGUAACCGAAGCACUGGAUGACAAUGCUAAUCCAGCUCCAGAGCGACACAUUCUGCAAACAUCUCACCUAAUGCUAGCAUCAGUAUUGCCAGACAGUGACAAACAUGAAGAAAAGGGGGGGAUGAUUUUAAGCAAAGAUCAGGUACAUUUAAGAGGAGAUAUAUAUGCUGAGGCUUUUGCACAUUCUGAUAUCUCAAUAGAUUGCUCAAAAAGCCCGUAUACAGAAAAAGAAGUUGUGGUGAAAGUAUCAAAGAAAGACUAUAACACUGAUAUAGGAAAAGAGGAGGAAGAAAUCAAGUUAAAUGAGUUAGGACUAACUAAAGAGCAGGAGAGUGUUGACACGGUAGCUCCGAAACUUUUCAGUGUUCAGGGAAAAUAUAUUACUGAAACAAAAACCAUAACAUUGCCAUCAGCGUCAGAUAAUAAACAUGAAGCCAAGCCUUCACAAGCAGAAGACCAGAUGAUUUCCCAUGUAGCUGAUGAAAGAAGAGCUGAAGACACUCAUGAAUUCAAAGAGUUUACUUGGCUAAAAGAUAGGGGAAGCUCUGACAAUAGAAGUCGAGGAAAAAAAAUCACAAGCUCUGUUGAAGGCAAACAAGGGAAAGAGGAAUAUAGUGAGUUAAGUGAUAACUUGAGGAAAACAGACAGUAGAUACACUGAUGCCACUCGGAGUAAAAUGACUACUUUCCCCACUGGCUACCCAGUCUUUGCAGUGGCAACUGACAAAGCAAGAGCUACAAGUAUUAUGUCACUGAACCCAGAGGAUACGCUUGAUACUAAGGAGAAUGAUCACAAGCUUUUUGAGGAACGAAUGUACAGCCAAGAUAAUUUCUCAACAAACAAAAAUAUUUUGGAGACAGAUGCUUGUCAACUUCAAAUUGAGAAAUCAGCCAGCAUGGUUACAGAUGAUCAGAGUAGGGUAGUGUGUGAAAAUCAAAUGUGGAGUGUUUCAGGAAGUCAACCAGUAGAAAGAGAGAGUGAGAUAAAUAGAACAGAACAGAUUAAAGAGCAAACAGAUGGUGAAAUCAUGUUUGGAAUGAGGGAUAAGACAAGGUAUUUGAAUGUUACUCCCACAGAAGAAUUGUUUACCUGCCAAGAGACAGUGAGGUGUGAAAAGUCUUCUGUAGCUGAACAUGGUAAUACAGAGGAAGCAGAAGCAGGUACAGCUUAUAUAAUUAAAACAACAUCAGAACGUGCUUCAGAAAAAAUGUCUGCUAGUGAAAAAGCAGUAAUUGCUAAGCUACCUCAAGAGACUGCAGUAAGUGACAGGCCCACAGAGGAAAAGGAAACAGCGUUUGAUACACAUGAAGGGAGAAAUGAUGGUUCACAUUAUACUCUUUGUCAACGCAAUACAGUGGGUGUAUUAUAUGACACCGAAUUUGAAAAGGAAUCAGUUUUAGAUAUUUAUAAUGCACAUGUACGUGAAACACUGCAAGGCGAAAUGAUGUCUGUAUGCAAUACCAAGGAAAAAGUUUCCAAAGCAGAACAUGACAUUGGAAAUAAUCCACCUGUAGAGGAAACAUUAUGGGCUUCUGCUAUAGAAGGAAAAGCAGGUUUGGAGCAGGAUUUAUAUUCAGAAGAAUUACUGAAAGUUUCCCCAAACCCCGAGCAGUGUCUCUACAGUGACGAAGCUGAAGAACAUAAGGAAAAAAACAUUUUUGGAACACUUUCCCAUUCAGGUGCCAAAGGUGAAACAAAACCACCACCCUCUGAUACAAAUAUUGUGCCCAGUUGUCAUUAUGAAAGCUCUCCAGCGACAACUUCUGAAAAGUCUAUUGAGGUGGUUACUGCUGAGGUAGAAAAUACAGAGCAUCCAUAUACAGCCCCUGCAUUCAACUCCAUUGCCAAUAUUUCUGCUGAGUCAGGAUAUUAUUUCAACCUACCAAGCGAAAUGACAUGUAUUAAUAAAAACAUGUUGACUUCAAGUGAUGAAAGAGAAAGGAAUAUAGGCCAGUGUUUCCAUCAAACAGAGUUCAGACAAGAGGAGUCAUUAGGGCCAAUAAUUUUAAUUAGUGAGCCUUCUGAAGAAAUAGAAGAGACAAGCUCUGAAUCUGAAGGUUUAAUAACUGAAGGAAAAAUAUUAAACUGGCCUGAUGACUCAGAGCACGAAAACCAGCACAUUUCUGAUUCUUCAGAUAUUUCUGACCAGAAAAGCGAAGCACAUAGUUUACCUAGCGAGUCUCUAGUUUUAAAGCAUAUCAGUUACAGAAUCUUUUAUUUCCUCUUGUUUGUUGUAUUUGUUGUAACAAUCUACCACUAUGAUUUAAUGGUUUGCGUUGCACUCUAUCUCUUUUCCUUGUAUUGGCUAUAUUGGGAGGGAGGAAGACACAAGGAGUCUGUCAAAAAGGAGUAA